AUGCUUUUCGUCAAGAUUCUUUUGCUUCUUGGCUUUUCAGCCCUACUGCAGGCUGCGCCUACGCCACAAGCCAGCACUGCUGCUUCAUCUUCUGGUUUCUGGAUGGCCAACAUUCAGCGACAGGGUACAGUGGCAUUUGGAAACUCGUCAAGCUACCAGAUCUUCCGCAAUGUAAAGGACUUUGGCGCUAAAGGUGACGGAUCAACUGAUGACACCGAUGCCAUUAACAGCGCUAUCUCCAGCAGCGAUCGAUGUGGCUUAGGAUGCGACUCGUCAACAACAACUCCAGCUAUUGUCUACUUCCCCCCCGGGACCUAUGUCGUUUCGAAGCCCAUUGUCCAAUACUACUAUACGCAACUCAUUGGUGACGCUACUGACUUGCCUGUUCUAAAAGCUGCCGCCGCCUUUUCUGGCAUGGCUGUCAUUGAUUCUGACCCAUACACUGACACAGGCGCCAACUGGUACACGAACCAGAACAAUUUUUUCCGUCAGGUUCGCAACUUCGUUAUUGAUCUUACUGCUAUGCCUCAGAGCUCUGGAGCCGGUAUCCAUUGGCAAGUGGGUCAAGCUACUAGUCUUCAAAACAUUCGGUUUGAGAUGGUCAAAGGAGGUGGCGACGCCAACAAACAAGAGGGUAUCUUCAUGGACAACGGUUCAGGUGGUUUCAUGACCGACUUGACCUUCAAUGGUGGCAACUAUGGAAUGUUCUUGGGAAAUCAGCAGUUUACAACCCGAAAUUUGACUUUCAAUGGUUGCAAUACCGCUAUUUUCAUGAAUUGGAACUGGGCUUGGACUUUCAAAUCUGUCACGGUAAAUGACUGUGCGGUUGCUCUGAACAUGUCCAACAGCCCAUCGAACCAGACUGUAGGCUCGGUCAUGAUGUUGGACAGCACACUCUCAACUACCGGUCAAGCCAUCGUUACUGCCUGGACCCAAGACAGCAUUCCUAUUGGCGGUGGUGACUUGAUUCUGGACAACGUCGACUUUACUGGAUCUAGCGUCGCCGUCGCUAGCAUCGGUGGCGAUACAAUUCUAGCAGGUGGCUCUGUUGUCAAGUCAUGGGUCCAAGGUAACACGUAUACCGGCGGCUCUACCUCCAGCAAACGUGAUCUUGAAUCUACAAACCUUGAGGAUGAUACCUGCCCAGCACCCGAGGUUGUUACCGUGACUGUCUAUCAGACUCUUGGCAAUGGUGCUUCAGAGGCCACAUCUAUCCCUGUCGCCUCAGCGGCUGCUGGUACCUCUGUAGCUUCGCGACUCAGCCCUGCUCAGUCCGACUCUGCAUCUGGAUCUCUAUCUGGUGCUGCAGCUUCUUCCAAGAUCCCCUCAUCAGCUACCGGUAGCCCGUCCACCGGUAAAGCAUCUCAGACAGCCACAACUGGGACACCAGCUUCUGGCACAUCUUCUCCUAGCUCUGGGUCCUCUGCGCGAACUUCCGCCCUAAGCAGCAAAACUCACUCCGCUGUCGCUUCAGGUAGCACAUGUGCGGCUCCAUCUGCAACUAAAUCCCGCGUUCAAGCAACCAGAGCAGCAGCAUCCAAGCCCGCCGCUCUUGUUGACAGCUCUGGUAAAGUGUUUGAGCGUUCCAAGCCACAGUAUGAGACGGUUGCUGCAUCGUCCUUCGUCAGCGUUAAGUCUGCUGGUGCCAAAGGUGAUGGUACAACGGAUGACACUGCGGCCAUUCAAAAAGUUCUCGACAGCGCGACUUCCGAUCAAAUUGUUUACUUCGAUCAUGGCGCUUACCUUAUCACCUCUACCAUCAAAGUCCCUAAAAAUAUCAAGAUCGUUGGUGAAAUUUGGCCCCUUCUAAUGGCAUCGGGAACUGCUUUCUCGGACGAGAAAAACCCCAUUCCUAUGCUUCAGAUCGGUGAAUCUGGUGAUACUGGAAAUGUGGAAAUUCAAGACCUUAUUCUUGAGACUAAGGGAUCCGCUCCAGGCGCUAUCCUAAUGGAGUGGAACGUCGCUGGUUCUUCUCAAGGUUCUGCUGGAAUGUGGGAUGUUCAUUUCCGUGUCGGUGGUUCUGCUGGCACCGGAUUACAGAGUGAUACUUGCUCGAAGAACCCGGCUUCUACCCAUGCUGCAAAUAAUGCUUGCAUUGGCGCCUUCAUGCUUUUCCAUGCUACCCAGUCAGCGAGCGCUUAUAUUGAGAACUGUUGGUUCUGGGUCGCCGAUCACGAGCUUGAUCUUGCUGAUCACAACCAGAUCGACAUCUACAAUGGACGUGGUGUUCUCCUGGAGAGCCAAAAUGCCGUCUGGAUGUACGGUACUGCCUCUGAGCACAGCCAACUGUAUGAAUACCAGCUCAGCAACGCCAAGAACGUGUUUAUGGCUUUGAUCCAGACAGAGACACCAUAUUGGCAAUCCAACCCCACUGCUCUCACACCUUUUACCGCUCAAACCAACUUUAAUGACCCAGACUUCUCGACCUGCACAACUGACAGCUGUCGCAAAGCCUGGGGUUUGCGCGUUUCCUCAUCGUCUGAUACUUUGAUCUACGGAGCCGGCCUCUACAGCUUCUUUGAGAACUACGAUCAAACCUGUUUGGCUACCGAGUCCUGCCAAGAAAAUAUCGUCCAGAUUGACUGCUCUAGCAUUUCCAUCUAUGGACUGAGCACGAAAGCUAGUACCAACAUGAUCACAUCGUCAGACGGGACGUCCUUAGCUCUACAAGAAGACAACACAAGCUCUUUCGCUUCAACGAUAGCGUUGUUUGAGCAAUAA